CAGAGGCCCUCUGUGGGGUAGACAGAGAGAACCCUUGGCUUUGAGACUCUGGCAUCAGACUAGAAUAUGAACUUUUUGCAGACCCAUCUCUUGAGAUCUUCCUGGCACUCUUGCCCGAUGUCAGACCACCCUGCCUGUGGGGAGCCCAGUGUUCCCAGGUAGGAGGCCCCAGCUCUGCCGCUAAAGGACACAAUCUCCACCUCAAAGGUCUGUGUUGGAAUGCUGAAGCGGCUAAAGAAACAUGUGGUGGCGUGGAAAAUGUGUGUAAUGCCACACUCACGGAAGAUGUCAGGUAUCAAAGCAACAUGACGGGUUUAUGCUUUUAAAAAAGAUUUAUUUGUUUUUACUUUAUGGGGACAAGUUUGUCUGCUUGAGUGAAUGCGUGCUUAGUGCCUGUGAAGGUCAGAAGAGGGCAUUGGAUCCCCUGGAACUGGAAGCUACAGAUACUGGCAUCUACAGCCAGUGCUCGAUGCAUACUCUCCUCCUGAAUCUGUCCACCUGCCUGUGAAGAAGCCCUGCCCCGACAGAUUAUUGCCAUGGCGGCAAAGAUAUCACACAACUUUGCUAGAGAUGUGGGACUAGCAAAUAGAAAUAGUUCAUAUGGAGAGACCAAGUCCCUGUGGUUCCUGGCUUGUCGGCUGUCUCUUCACCAUAGCUGUCUUCCAGCCGCCUGUUCAGGUGUUAGGGGAUGCUGGCAAGGUCUACAUAGCCCCUCUUAGGGACACAGCCAACUUGCCCUGCCCUCUCUUCCUCUGGCCUAACAUGGUACUCAGCGAGAUGAGGUGGUAUCGGCCCGGACACCUACCUCGCACCCAGGCUGUCCACGUGUUCCGGGACGGGCAGGACAGAGAUGAAGACCUGAUGCCAGAAUAUAAGGGCAGGACGGCACUGGUGAGGGAUGCCCACAAGGAAAGCUACAUCCUGCAAAUCAGUAAUGUGAGGCUCGAGGACCGAGGGCUAUACCAGUGCCAGGUCUGGGUCGGAAACUCAAGUCGAGAAGACAACGUGACCCUGCAGGUGGCAGUUUUAGGUUCUGAUCCCUACAUCCACGUGAAGGGCUAUGAUGCUGGGUGGAUCGAGCUGCUGUGUCAAUCAGUGGGAUGGUUCCCAAAGCCGUGGACUGAGUGGAGAGACACUACGGGUAGAGCGCUACUCUCCCUUUCAGAGGUUCACUCCCUGGAUGAAAAUGGGCUGUUCCGAACAGCAGUGUCCAGCAGAAUCAGGGACAAUGCCCUGGGAAAUGUGUCUUGCACUAUCCAUAAUGAGGCCCUUGGCCAAGAGAAGACGACGGCCAUGAUUAUUGGAGCCCCAGAACGAGGAAGUCUGUCCUCUCCAGCGGUGGCUCUUUCUGUGGUCUUGCCCGUCUUGGGGCUCCUCAUCCUCCUUGGCAUCUGGCUCAUUUGUAAACAAAAAAAAUCAAAAGAGAAGCUGCUGUAUGAGCAAGCGAUGGAGGUAGAAAAUCUUCUGGAAGACCACGCCAAAGAAAAAGGAAGACUCCACAAAGCCCUCAAUCUCCUGCCCAGUAAGUGCAGAGGCAGACAGCUCACCCCCACCCCUGUUUCUUCUUCCCCAGAGUUGAAAAGAGCGGCGGCCAAUGCAGGCUGGAGAAGAGCCCGGCUACAUUUUGUGGCAGUGACCCUGGACCCUGACACGGCACAUCCCAAACUCAUCCUGUCUGAGGAUCGGAGAUGUGUGAGGCUCGGCGACAGGAAGCGGCCUGUUCCUGACAACCCAGAGAGGUUUGAUUUUGUUGUCAGCGUCCUGGGCUCCGAGUAUUUCACAACCGGCUGUCACUACUGGGAAGUGUACGUGGGCGAGAAGACCAAAUGGAUUCUUGGAGUGUGUAGUGAGUCUGUGAGCAGGAAAGGGAAGGUCACGGCCUCGCCUGCCAAUGGCCACUGGCUUGUGCGACAGAGCCGUGGGAAUGAGUAUGAAGCUCUCACGUCCCCACAGACCUCCUUCCGCCUCAAAGAGUCCCCGAAGUGUGUGGGGAUUUUCCUGGACUAUGAAGCCGGCAUCAUCUCCUUCUACAACGUGACUGAUAAGUCCCACAUCUUCACUUUCACCCACAGUUUCUCGAGCCCACUUCGCCCUUUCUUUGAACCUUGUCUUCACGAUGAGGGGAAAAACACGGCCCCUCUAAUCAUUUGUACUGAGCUUCAGAAAUCAGAGGAAUCGAUUGUCCCCAAACAAGAAGGAAAAGACCGUGCUAAUGGAGACGUGUCCCUGAAGAUGAACCCAUCCUUACUGUCCCCUCAGGGUUCUGAGCUAUUUCUGCUUAAUGAUACCUGGCCCUCUAACCUUGGCCCUGCCCUUAAGGGCCUCAAAGUUCCUUCUUUGUAGGGCUGUGCCCUGUGCUCCACUCUCGUGAGCAUCCGGCCUGGCACAGGCUCCUGGCCCAGCAUCUGUUUCUCCAGUACCUCAUCUCCUUGACCCCAGUCCAGAGCCUUCUGUGGUUUCUCUUCUGCUUUUCUCCCAGGGCUCGGUUCUGAACUCUGCCUUGUUCUUGAGACAUCCCCAUUGCCCUGGAAGAUGACUUUUUGAAAUCAACAAAAUGCACUCGGGCCAGGUUUAGGAGGAGACCUUGGAUGUAAUGCAGGGGGACUCCGUUCAGGCCAGGGGAAAGGGCUCUCUCCCUGAGGGAACCUUGGCACCAGCUUCUCUUUGUCAGCCUGAUCAGGGGUUAUCAGGUGUGAACUUACAGCCCCCAGACCCAAAUGUCUUCCACCAGAGACUGUUUUCUUUUCCCCCAGUCAGGCCUCUAACUCGCCACGCCAGCUUUUUACAAGUAUGUAUCUUGAGACUCACACAUCCUUUCUUCUCUGUUCAGGGUUAGAGAUGGAGGGGUAAAUACUCCAUGGGUUUCUGUUUUCUUCAGGCUGUUUACAGCAGAGUUUCGAGACACCCAGAGCUGUUUUCGACAGCUAAUUUGAGAUGGAGACAUCCAGAAUGCACAUGGUUUCAAAAAUUAAGUUACCUACAUCAUGACAGGAACCAGAAUCCCAAGAAACCUGAACACAGGCUGGUAGGAACAGCUGUAACCAAAGCAAUCCAGCUGUGCAGCCCUGAGCAGAUGAGUUACUCUGCAGUCUGUGGCUAUGGCCCUUCUGAAAACUUCCUGACAUUCAGAGAGGCCCAGUGAGAAAAAGGUGGCAGUUUGAACUACUCACGUAUACCCACAAGACUAUUAGAUUUGACAACAGCCUCCAGGUCAGAGAUUAUUGAAUUCAAGAAAGUUGGUCUUGUUUUAAAUAAGACACCUUACUGCCAGGUAUGGUGGUACACAUCUGUGAUCCCAGGUGGAUUAUUGGAAGAUAUAUCUGUGUAAAUGAUAGACCAGACUGGUCUCUGUAGUAAGUUCUAGGACAGCCAGGACUUUGUGGAGAAACCUUGUCUCAAUGCCAUGUCCUCAAAAUGAGAUAAGAUAUCAUAUUUGGAAGAUUAUAAGGUGAGACAACAAAAUAAUGAAUUCAGGGCUGAAAAGAUGGUUCAGCGAUUAAGAGCUCAUUCUGAUCUUGCAGAGGACCUGGGUUUGCUUUUCUAGCACCCAUAUUGGGCAGUUCACAACCACCUGUAAUUCCAUAUCUAGAGGAUGAGACUUCAAGCCUUCAAAGGCACCUGCAACUCGCUGCACAUGCUACACAUCAACACACACACACAGACUUUUUUUAUUAGAUAUUUUCUUUAUUUACAUUUCAAAUGCUAUCCCCUUUCCUAGUUUCCCUCUGAAAACCCCUUAUCCUCUUCCCCCUCCCCCUGCUCCCCAACCCACCCACUCCCACUUCCCGGCCCAGGAAUUCCCCUAUACUGGGGCACAGAACCUUCACAGGACCAAAAAACCUCUCCUCCCAUUGAUGACCAACUAGGCCAUCCUCUGCUACAUAUGCAGCUAGAGACACGAGUCCCUCCUUGUGUUUUCUUUGAUUGGUGAUUUAGUCCCAGGGAGCUCUGUGGCUACUGGUUAGUUCAUAUUGAUGUUCCUCCUAUGGGGCUGCAAACCCCUUCAGCUCCUUGGGUACUUUUUCUCUGGCUCCUUCAUUGGGGACCCUGACACACAGGCUUUUUAAAUUAAAUACUUAAAUAAUGAAUCCAAGUUUUGGAUGUGGAUUGGGGAAAGAAGGCAAGGCACUUUCAAGUCAUACCCACAUAUGUGUUUCGGCCUGUUUGUGGAGUUAUUAAUUACAGAUUUGCAGAUGGGAAGGCAGCUGGACUCUACAGGAACUAGAUCUGCUACAGGCUCUUUCCAAUAGAGCCUAUAUUAGUGUUCCCUAGAGAAAGAGAACCAACUGUGUGUGUGUGUGUGUGUGUGUGUGUGUGUGCGCGCACACACAUGCAGACACAGUAAGAGAUAGAGACAGAAAAUAAAUACGAGACUGAAGUUGGCAGGUCAGAGUACUAGAAAGAGACAAGUUUUAGUUGCAGUGUAAGGUAGGGAAAGAGUUGAUAUCCGUCUAAAGCCCGACAGGCAGCGAGACUCUUCUAAGGUCUUCCACUGGUCAGAUGACGACUCCCACUGGUUGGAUGACUCCCACUGGUCAGAUGACUCCCACUGGACUUAAGGAGGGUGACUGCUUUACUCAGGCUACUGAUUAAAUGCUAAUCUCGUCCAAGCUCCUCUCACAGAGACACCAAAUGUGAUGUCUGACCAAGUGUCUGGGACCUUUGUGACGGGUCAAAGUGAUAUGUAAAAUUUGCCAUUACAGUACCCAAAAAGAAUAUUUUGUUUGUCUUUGUACAGUUAUGAAAUAUACCCUUUAAUACUUAUUGCUUGGUAUGUUGUCUUCAUUAUGAAAGAGGCUGUGGAGAAAACACAUUACGGGGUUGGUUUCUGAAUAGCUCAGCCACAAUUCAAGCAAACUUUAGACAUCAUUCAUAAUAAACCCAGUUUUACUCCUGA